AUGCCGAGACCUGGACUCCCACGAGAUCCCCAAGGCUGCUGUAGUCACACGGGGUCCCAGAAUACCCUUCGUGCCCAUUUGCCCUGGGGUCCCCAGAAUGCCCUCCGUGCCCGUUUGCCCUGCCUGGGGUCCCAGACCAGCCCCUGUGCCCGUUUGCCCUGCCUGGGGUUCCAGAACGUUCUCCGUGCCCAUUUGCCCUGCCCGGGGUCCCAGAAUGCCCUCCGUGCCCGUUUGAUCUGCCUGAGUUCCCAGAAUGCCCCUCCGUGCCGGUUUGCCCUGCCUGGGGUCCCAGAACGCCCCUCUGUGCCCGUUUGCCCUGCCCGGGGUCCCAGAACGCCCCUCUGUGCCCGUUUGCCCUGCCCGGGGUCCCAGAACGCCCCUCUGUGCCCGUUUGAUCUGCCUGGGUUCCCAGAAUGCCCCUCUGUGCCCAUUUGCCCUGGCUGGGGUCCCAGAACGCCCCUCCGUGCCCGUUUGCCCUGCCUGGGUUCCCAGAAUGCCCCUCCGUGCCCGUUUGCCCUGCCUGGGGUCCCAGAACGCUCCUCCCUGCCCAUUUGCCCUGGCUGUAGCAGCCGCUCGGCGAAGACUCCCCAUGCUUCUGCUGGGAGGGCUUCCUGGGCAAGUGGGGGGAGAGGGAGGAGCUUCAGGGCGGGCCACUUGACUGGGCACAGUCUCCAGCACCGGAGUCUCUUCUGGCCCCGAGGCCGAGCGCUUUCCCGCGUAGGGCCCGGUGUGGCCGGCACAGAGCAGAUGGCCGCCCCUGCUGGGUCGGCUCCCUUCCCCGCGCUCCCCGCCAGGCCACGCUGUGCUCCUGGGCCCUUCAGCCCCAAAACCGGAAUGGGAAUAAAGGCCCCUCGGUUUGCCAAACCCUUCCACGCCGCCCGCGGUGGGGUCCGGUUCACCCGAGUCUCGUGCGCCCCCCGAGCGCCACGUCCUCCCUUUUUCCUUGGGGCAAAUCUUUUGUGAAAGGAGGUCACGUCUGUGCCGAGCUGGACACUCUGGGUUUCUCUUCGUCUCUGACAUCCUCCCUGUCCCUGCUCUUCUGGGCCGAAAUAAAGGCGACCUUCUCAUUUGAAAAGGAAACGGCUCUCCUUGUCUGCCAGCAGCCCCCCUUCCCAGGCAGGAACGGGCCCCACGCCGCUUCUCGGGACGUCCAGGCUGGCUCCCCUUGUCCGUCGGGCCGUUAGGCCCCUCCCCCGGCCCCCUCCGAGGUGGGGAGCACAGGCCCCCAGAAGGAGGCCCCGUCCUGUGGCCGGCCCCCCUUUUUCUCGGCCACCCUGCCAUCAUUAAGCUCGGUGCACAGUUAAUGGCCAAGUGCCCAAGCUCGUAAAAAACGCGGGAUCUUCGCUUUCCCCUCCUGCCCCAAAGCCCCUUUCCUGUAACACAACAGAAAGCCUUCGGCCAAAUGGCCACAUCCCCGAUGGGGACGGCCCUCGUGCUGUCCAGCGCCCAGCCCGGAGCUGCAGGGAGGGCGGCCGUGGGCAGGAGACCUCGGGGCUCUGACUCGGGCCGGGAGUCUCCAGGUCUCACCGCUGACCCUCGCCCCCUCGGCCUAGAGCCUGACCCUAGUCAGCCUGUCGGUCCACCCCGAUUCGCCACCAAUCUUAGCCAUUCGGGGCAACUGAGGCCCCAAGGUAAGUGAGACCGUUGGGUCCGUGAUGUUCGCCCAGGGCCGACAGGCCGAUGCCGAAAUGUCCGCGAUGCUCCGAGUGAGCAUCCCCGUCUCCCCGUUUCUGAGAAACUGAUUUUUGAACGGAUGCAAAGGCAUUGAGGACCUACUGUGUGCCGGGCACACAAGCUGGGGAGCAAAGCCCACUGCAGGGUCACAGCAGGGCAGGUGCCCAGCUUGGCUGGUGGAAAUGCCCUCCUCGUGACUGAUUAGGUCCUUAAAUAAGCGGCCUAAAAGGGGCUGUGGCCCUCUGGUCACGCUGAGGAGCGCUCGGGGGCAGCCUCCCAGUGAUGGGCAUGAGGCGGUCAGGAAGAGCUGGUCCGAACACAAAGCCCAUGGACAGUUAGCCUUUUAGCCUCUCAAUGGCUGCGUCCCACCCCCCUCACUUUGUACAAACCCCAACAUGGCGGCGCCAGUGUUCACAAAAGCCCGACAGCUCUGGAGCUUCGGGAUGGGCUGUAAUGUCUGAAGACCCGGAUGUGGCCCCCGUGUCCCUUCUCACCCCCGCCCCCCCAAGGACUGUCUGGCCGACUCUCCAGAAAGAGUGGCCAUUGAACAAGACCUUCCGGGCUGUGGGUUAUAGGAGUCUCUCACCUCCAAAGUCCUCGACACCAUCUGAUCAGCACCGAGAAGGACGUGACUAAUUGUGGCCAUUCCGCCCGAGCCCGUGCCUGGGCUGCCCCACAAGGCCCCGUUUCCUCGGCUUCUCAGAUGGGCUUUGCCACUAAGCUUAUCCCGGGCACAGGGUGUUUGCUUGGAGACAUUUGUACCAGGCUGCGGGUUGGCUCCCCGAGGGCAGAGCCCGGCUGCCAGCUGUGCCCGGCUGCAGUGAUAUGCCGCUGCCGAGCACCCUGAGACUGAUCCCCUGGGAUAAGGGGGAACCUCCCUUUUUUCCUCAAUGAUUAACUGGCCCCAUCUGGUGAUUCUGAAUUGGCUGCCGUUGUUCAAAGCCCCUUAUCUCCUCCCUCCCUGGGACCCAUUCUAAAGCUCCCCUGUGUUUCCCUCCUUCUGACUCUCAUUGAGACUGGACUGGAUGAUGCGGCCUCCAGGGCUUCCUUUCUAGAACUGCCGGUUCUCUCGCUCCCAGGUUACUGAGAGGGAGCUGGAGUCUUCCUGGCUCCCUUCGACCACCAUCACUUAAGGCCCUCCCUUCCCAUGGCCUCAAUCAACCCGGAUCUACCAUGUAGUCAAAGUUGUAGUAGCUACUGUCAGCCAGCCUCCGGGACCCUGGAGGUCAGCCUUUCCCUCCUGUGCGCGUAGCAGAAACCUUGCUCAGACAGUGAUGAUCCCUUCCCCUCCUCAGGAUCUCCACCUCAGCCCCCCACAGAGAGGGUCAGAGAUUCUGCAUCUAGCCUUCACCCACCAGGGCUCCGCUCUGAGCUCUGCAAUGCCCUUCCCCGAGUCAUUGUACCCCCACUACCUUGUUUGUUAUUCUCACCAUGUGCCUCCCAGGCCCAGUUCUUUCCCACAGCAUCCCCUCUGCAGCGUCCACUCCUGUCUUUCCCCAUCUUGACCCUUGGCAGACUCUGUCCGCCGUCUUCCCUCCAGUCCCCGGGCCCCUAAUCCUGUCAGGCGUCUGCCUGCCAAGCCUCAGCCUUGGGCCACCGCCCACCCCUCAGCCACUCCUUCACCUGCUGCUCAUGUGCUGACUGGCGACCCUACGAGGCCGCCCUGAGCGCUGGGACACAAAGAAAGGGAGAGCCGGGCUCUGCCCACUGCCUAAGGAGGCGGCCCACAAACGGCCGAACAAACGAGUGUACACGGGAUAAGCUGGAGGUACAUCUGAGCCUUCCGGAGACGGUGGGAGCUUAUUGGGAAUGGCAGGCGAGCAGAAGGGGAAGAUGAGCAGGGAGAGAAGUCCAGGGAUGGGGGGCGUGGCUAAGCUCGGACAUGGAGUGCCACGCCCUGGGAUUGACAAGGGACCAGUAUCAGUAGAUGCUUGUGUAAGAGGAAUGAAUUGGAGGGAGGGGGCCAGCCUGGGAAAGGCUUUGGGUGCCAGAGUAAGACUUACCUGGAUUCUGGAGGCAAUAGGAGCCACUGGAGUUUGAGUGGGGCCGUGGCAUGGUCAGACUUGUAUUUCACUUGGGCAGCUGAAUGGAGGGUGGACUGGAGACGAGCAGACCCACCAGCAGCUUUGCAUGUAUCUUUGCAGGGAUUUUGAGAAUCAAAAGCUAUUAUUUAAAGUAAACAAGUAAGAAAAUAAUUCCUUAAAAAACUCAAUUGAUAUAAUGCAAAAAAAAAAAAAAAAAAAACAACCCAAAAAACAUAUCCAUGGAAGAAAACAUCUGGAAAGGUAAGAUUAAUCAAAUGGAAAGAGAUAUAAAAGCUAUCAUACAUUAAAAAUUAGAACUGGGCAAAUGGAAGCUAAUGACUCUGAGACAAUAAGAAUCAGUCAAAUAAACAAAAAAAAGAAUGAAAAAAGGAAGAAAAUGCAAAAUACCUCAUUGGAAAAAUAUAUCCAGGAGAGAACAUUUAAAAAUUAUUGGCCUACCUGAAGGCCAUGACCCCCCCCCC